AGCAGGUACAUCGCAGUUUGGUUCCUGUGUCUCUCUGCUGGGAAGACUUGAAACCGUCCAGGAUGGCUCUGAUCGCCUUUUCGCUUCUUUUGCUCCUCUCUGUUAAAUUCGGGUUCUCUGCUGGAGAUAAAAUUCUACCCCAAGGUCCUCUGGAUGUAAUGCUGGGGAAUAAUUUGACCAUAAAUCUCCUGCUUCCAGCAGGAGAUGGCGAUUCCGUAGGCUGGAGUUGUAACGAUAAAACUAUUGGUAGUUUUGGGGCUGGUAAGGUUACAAUUCAAGACCCAUAUAAAGGCAGAGCUGUUAUUUACAACAACGGGUCCCUGACUCUGAAGUCCCUAAAAUCAGAGGACAGCGGGUUUUGUGAAUUAAGUCUWUUCAGGAGUGGAGAAUUUAAUCAAGCAAAGGUUGAAGUCCGAGUUAUGGAGCCGGUGUCUAAUGUCAUGAUCAAGUCAGACCUUCCUGAAGCCAUUGAGUACAACAGCACAGUGGUUCUUACCUGCUCGUCUAAAGGGACUUUCCUGAGCUUCACCUGGAUGAAUGACAGCAAGAUCAUUGCUUCUGAUGACAAACGRUUGUCAGAGAAAGGAUCUAAGCUGACCUUCACCGGUGUCCAGAGGUAUGACCUGGUUGGCCCAAUUGUCUGCACAGCAGCAAACCCACUGGAAAAAAUGAGCAGCCCCACAUUCAAYCUCACAACCUACUAUGGACCUGAGGAUGUCACCAUUAAGGCCUCUUCACAGGGGAAAUAUGUCCCGUCCAAUUCGGAUUUCAACCUGACAUGUUCGGCCUCCUCCAAACCCGCUGCCACUUUCACCUGGUUUUAUAACACAAAGCAGAUAGAGGCCAGUGGUCCAGUCGUCACCCUGAAAGCCAUUGAGGGGCAGGGACUUGGGCACACGAUGGGCAACUACAGGUGUGUCGCUAAAAAUGACAAGACCAAACGAGAGGUUCCAUCUACUGAUGUUCAGUUCUCCGUGAUGGAGGCCAUUUCUGGUGUUAAAUUAAGUGGUCCAAAAGGUAUCCUCAUCGCUGGCAACAGCAGCGCCAACCUCACCUGCCAGGCAAAUAAAGGCAACGUGACAGAGAGAGUCUGGCUGAAGGAUGGUAAACCCCUUUCCCCCGACUCCCAUAUCAAAUUCUCCAGCGAUAGUACCUCCAUAAACAUCGACGUGCUGAAUAAAGAGGACAACGGAGAUUACAUAUGCCGGCUCAGCAACUCUGUCAGCACAAAAGAAGCUAACUUCACAAUGGUGGUCAACUAUGGUCCUGAACCACCAGAGGUGAAGGGAAACAAAGAAGUGCAGUUGAACACACGUGUGGAGCUCACCUGUUCUGUCUCAUCCGUCCCUCCUGCCAAAAUUAUUUGGAAGCUAAAUGGGACAGUGAUYUCUGGUCAAACAAAAGAGAAGUUGAUCUACGAUGAAAUAGAMUAUAAGAGCUCAGGAACAUACACAUGUGAGGCAAGCAAUGAAGUCACUGGGAAGUCCAGCAGCUCCCCCCCUCUCUCUGUCGCUGUCAAAGAAAAGAUAGACGAAGGUCUCUCAGACGGAGCUAUUGCCGGAAUCGUCAUCGCAUGCCUUGUCGCAGUUGGAGUCUCCAUCGCCUUGUUCUUCUACUGCAGAGGGAAAGUACCAGUGUCGUCACCAUACUAAAGACGUCCGUCUGCUGGCUUGAAAUGUCUACCGUUUGGGUACCCAUGAUCCUCUUGUGCAUCUGGGAGGAGCGCUUGGGUGGAUCCAGCUGGUUUCCUUUGAGCAACUCGUCCAACCAGCUUCUUCAUUAUGCCUCUCUCUUUCUCCCUCUCCCUGGCAGACAAGGAUUAUGGAAGUCUAGGUUUACUGGAAUACUAGAUCAUGUUACGCUUUGGAUUACAAACCUUUUAAUUUUACUGCAACUAUCUUCAAUUUCAUUUUUAUUUUUCGUUAAUAAGCUGUUCCACUUCUCUGGAUCAGUUGCUUUUUUUUGUCUGCCUUAACUACAACAUGUUACCAAACCUCGUCCCUUAGCUUCUGUCUUCCUUCCUGCUUUUUUUUUUUUUUUCCUGGGGAGGAAUCAGAAAUUUCUGCCGUGGAGACGCUUCUUUGACUAAAGCUCAUGAACCGGUGACUGCGAUGAGUGACUGUCUUUAUCCUGCUGGAAACCUGAGGAGAACACACACAUACACACACACACACACACACAUACACAGAGAUAAUACCUAAAGUAAUGUGAUGCAUACAUGCAUGGGUGAUCAAAACCCUGGAGGCCACAGGGGCAGAAUCUGGGGUAGUCUGGUUAAAAACGUAGCAGGAAUACAUUGUAUUUGAUUUAUGUCGCUGUCGGUUCCACGUAGGUGGAGUUACGCAGAUAAAGAKCCAAGCACAGCGGAGGGUUUUCAGGAUAAACAUCUUUCUCAGAGCUUUCAUCUGUAAUGCCUCAGUUUGUUUGGUGCUCACCAAAGCAUAAGAAGUUUUUUUUUUUGCCACGCCUGCUGAGUCAACUUUUUUUUUCAAUUUAUCCUAAACUGAGGUCACUACAAGCCUGUCAGCAUCUCUUCCUCAACCUGACAGCUUCACUCAGCAUCACUUUUGUGUAAAAAUGAGCAAAGCUGUAAUAUUUACUGAAUUUAUCCUGUCUCUUUUAUACUAGCAGACCUCCAUGAUCUUUUAAAAUAAUAGAUGUAUAAUACUUAUUGAUUGAAAUCCUUAAAAUUCCACUUUGUAAAAUAAAAAAAACAAUCAGAUAAAUAUGCUCAGAUGGUAAAACUAACAGAAGCAACACAUUUAACUGCUUUCUGUGUGAUUCUUUUCAAAGUUUCAAAGUCUUUAGUCUAUGAUGAUAAAAAAAGCCUCAAAAGAAAGAUAACUAUAAUACCCAUCAUGCAACAUUUUGUAUCUAAUAUAUCAAAACCAAUGUUUUUUUGUUUUAUUUAAUCUGAUCAAUAUGAGCAUUUAUGCAGCYUUAGGUGGUUAAAAAAUUCAACCAUCUUGUUUGKUUUUUUUUGCCACCUCUUUUACUUUUUUAAUCCGACUSUGCAAACUUGUUUGAGUUUCUUCAAACAAGUGUUGCUCUGUAAUCUUAGCUGGCUCCUGCGACUCCUCUCAGCUAUCCGUCCUGUUCCUUUAUAUGUUGUUCUCUGAAGCUCAGGAUCCGCCCUCCCAGUUUGACUCAUCCUGUCAUCUUGGGAAGAACAGACAGAGGAGGAGGGAAGGGUUGAAGACAGGACUCAGCAUGCAGAGSCACUUCAGUCAGGUUCGGAGGAAGGCAGGAAGAAAAAGCGAGCGGGAAAGUGUCUUAGGCUUCAAAUUCUUUAAGAACUGGAGGGAAAGUCUGAUGAGCUGUCACUAUGCUGCUCGUUUUCUAACCACAACUGUAAAGAAGUUGCUUUAAACUAAAUUAUGGCUUUUAGAGACUUUGUGAAACUAGUUUUAAUUUGAAAAGGCUUCUGAAAAACAUAUCUGUGGUAUUUUGAAGUUCAGCAUUUAGCUGUUUCUUCCUGAGUAUUUUGUCAGCAUCAUAAAAAAACAAAAAUCUUUGUGUGGUUCAUGGUUAUGUGUGAUCUCAGACUUCAACCUGCACUGAUMUCCAGUAAAACAAGUAUUUAUUUUGUUGAGUUUUAGAAGAAAAAACAACCUUUAGAGUCAUKGGAGCUGAAGAUCGUAGCCUGUCAGCAGGUCACACAGGCAGAAACUCUUUAUCUGUUUGAGUUGUAGGUGAAGAACAUAAAUGACUUCAGGUCAUUUUGCACCUUCAUCAAUUCGUACCCCUGUUUGGAUUCAUGCUUUGUCAUUUCGUCCAUAUUUCUGUAAUUUAUUUAAAUUUGUCAAUAAAUGUUUAAUCAAGGCAAUAAAUUAGUCAUGGAAAACCUCAAAUCUUGGAAACCUGAUACCAGGGCUGUAAUUAUGAGGAUGAAUGUUCCUCGUCAGGCAUGUUGCUGCAGUUUACAGUAGAUAAAUAGUUAAAUAUAAAUUGCCUUGAAUGCUUUUAGAUCUUCGCUUUAUAGUUUUUUUUUUAAAGAAACAACCUGUGUGUAUGUAAUUGUUAGAUAUUUCUUGCAACAUUUCCAGAAAUAUCUUCUUCCACACAAAACUAUGUAGCUAUGCCUGUAGGUUAAAUAGAAAACAAAAACUAAACUGUUUUUUUGCCCAAGUUCUCAAAACAGGUAUAAAUCCUCCCAAAUCCAGGUACGAAUCGGUACAAAGCAUCMUGUGGCACCAGGUUCCUGCACCCACUCAAACUGAGUAUUGACAAGUUUAAAACAUAUUUAUGUGUUGAGUUUACAAUAGAAUAUAGUGCAGAGAAUGUAUUCAUAACAACAUGUAAAUAUGACAUUUGUUGCCCUAAACRAGACGUGUUCAUAUGUUUUAAACUGCAUGAAACUGCCCUUGUUGUAUAUAGAUGUUGUAUUCACUGUACACAGAUUUUGACUUUUUUGGAUUAUACAUAUGGGGUAAAUGUGUGUUUACUGUUUAAUAUUUUUCAGAGAUGUUUUGUUAUCUUUUAAGUUUGUGUACAAACGUAAAAAGUCAUAAAAGUCUUGAAAAUAUUUUCAUAACUUUGAUUUGUUUCACCUUUUUUAUUUGUUGAUUUUUUUUAUGGGGAAAAUUAUGCUUCUAUUUUAAAUGGUGUUUUAAAAAAAAAGGGAAAUAACCAAUCAGAGUAGACGUGUGUCUUCAAACCAUCCAAUCACAGCGCUGGCCUGUUUGAGCAUGGCAGUGAUCUACAGGCGAAGGAGCGGCCGGAUCUCAUGUGUCAUUCACUCACAAAUGGAAACACUGACAGGGACUUGUCUCAACAAGUUAUUUGCAAUGACACGUUCCACUCUGCUAAUAUAAAAAAAAAAACAAUCUUUUGCUUUUUUGACUUAAACUGACAAAUCAAAGUUAAUAAAAAUGGCUAUGUUGACUAAGACUG